AUGGUAACCAGUGUAACACUGACGGGCACCCCAAGUUCAUUGUUAGCCGGUGAUGCCCACACCUUCAAUUGUAUGACUUCUCCAAGCCAGCCCCCGGCUUGUAUUACGUGGUACAUACGAACUUCCGGUUAUGUCCGGGAGUUAGACCGAGAUGAUUGCAACAAGGAUUCCAGCUAUACAGUGGCUACCAGCAGGAGACUGAGCUUUACAGCUAGUGCUGCGGAUAACGGCGCUGAGCUGUACUGUAACGCCUCCAACAGUGUGACGAAUGUUCCUGUACAGUCACAAGUCUACGAGUUAAAAGUGAACUAUACGCCGGAGAUCACAUGUGACCAGAGUCACGUGACAGUCUUCCAGGGUCAGCAGGUGAACAUCUCGUGUAAAGUCAAAGCCAAUCCAAUCGCACGUGUAACCUGGGCUAAGAACAGGCUGAACAAUGCCUUUACAGCUACGCGCGAUCCUACCCAACGUGACGUCAUCUUAUCGACAUCCAAGAUUGAGAUCACCAAGGCGAUGACCUCCGGAGUAUAUGAGAUCGAGGCAACGAACAACGCGGGAUCUUCCAGGGCGGAAGUUGAAUUCACCGUCAUAGAUAACCAGAAGAUCCCAAAGAAUUUGAAGACAAUAUCGUGUAUAAACAACCAAGCAACACUGGUCUGGCCGUCUGGGAUUAACAGCUCUCUGGUAGAGUACUACAAGCUGGAGUACAAAGGAAACGGGGAAGAGUGGAAGCAAGAACUCAUCAGAAAUCCAGGAAGGGUAAAACUGGUCGAGACCACAUUGAACGAUCUACAGUCUGGGGUGUUAUACCAGUUUAGACUUCAGCCAGAUUCGGACAUUGCCUUGCCGGAAUAUGCCAAGGCUGAGUGCACUAUGGAAAAUGCAGGUCUGAGUACAGCAGAAAUGUUUGGUGUGGGGUUUGCAGUUGGGUUCGUCGUACUCGCCAUCUUAGUUGUUGCCGUGGCAUGUUUUUUGCGGCGAAGAGCCAAGAAAAAGCUAGCACUCAAUUAAGGUCAACAUUGUGAACCGGUCACCAACACGGUAUCAUCAUUCAGACGGCUCCAGUACGGUGUUUUGGGGAAUAUCUCAGCGUUAUGAAGGCAGGAUGUUCAGGUUAACAGCUUUUACUUUUAAGGCAUACUGCUUAUUAUCCGCGCAUGACCACACGUUGCACAAUACAUUCUAUUUACUUCCGGGAAAACAUGUUACAUGCUUCUUUAAAGACACAUUGUGCUGAUAUCUAUGCGAAGAUAUAGUAAAAUUCUUUUCCAAGUUGGUGGGUAGACACGGUGUACUGUACCUACUGGCAUUAGAAAAGACACUGUGUACUACUUGUUACCUGCCCCUGAGAAGACACUGUGUACUACUUGUUACCUGCCCCUGAAAAGACACUGUGUACUGCUUGUUACCUGCCCCUGAGAAGACACUGUGUACUGCUUGUUACCUGCUCCAGAGAAGACACAGAGAGAAGAAAGUAUGUUGAUUAACAUAACCAUAUUUGCACAUAUGUGUUUAUCAAAGGGUUUGACCCCGGGUGUCCCGGCUUCGAGGCGGAAGCUCUAGCCAUUACGCCACCGAAUCAGUCUAUGGUCGAUUACAUUGCUUCAUAUACAGUAAAUAUGUUACACUAUUACGUUCACUAAUUGUAAUCAUGUUUCUUCGUGGGAUCUUGUGUGACGGUUAUCACUGUCUGGGGCCGGUCCCGAUGUCCCACCUGGUAGAACGUCCGCUUCGGGGGCAGUAGAUCCAGGGUCAAUCUGGGUCGGACCACACCUAAGACCAUAAUAGAAGGAGUUGUAGCAUCCUCGCUUGGCAUUCAUCAUUAGGGGAUAGUGUAACGAUUGGUUGACUCGUAUCAGUACAAUAGCUCGGGUGGGUCGGCUUACUUGCCUUCGGUCUCAGUGAAGCAGCACUAGAUAAAAGAGCGGUGGAAAUCCUUCCUGCCACAAGGAUGGGCCUUGCACCUGCAUGCACUGACUGAAAAAUUAUUUAGUACGACGUUAAACCCUAAGCGCUCAUUCACUCGCUCACUGUCCAUGAGUCGAACAAGCCAUUUCAGUUAUUUCUUCCAUGGAGUGAUGCUUUUACAGUAUGUACAGUAGGAAAACUUGUAUUAGUCUCAAGUAUUGCUUUCUUUUUACAUCUCUCCACAAUCACGAUAUACCCGUCAUCGAUAUGGUGUGUACAUAUUUGGAGCUCGCUCCAGAAAAUACCAAUCCUUAUAUUACUCGUCCAUUUCUUGUCAAAUUAGGUAGCUUACUCUGGAUAGUUCUUUUUCUCCCAACCAUGAGUAGUCACAUAUCAUAUAAGUCAAAAGUGCAUGAGUACAGCGUUAAAACUUAUAUAUUUAUUUAUUUGUUUUAUACCAGCUACAAAUAGAUAAAUAAAUAAAGAGAAUAAUUGAUCUUUUACAUACUGAUUUCAGUGUCUGUAAUUUCCCCAUAAAAUGCCAUUUAAAUAUAUUUUUUUCUGUUGAAAGCUCGUGGAGAAGUUUUAGCUACAGAUGGAUUCAGAAAGAACAGGAAUGUGGGAUUUUUCACCUCUGUGGAGAUCUCAGUAGUUUACAUACGUGAAAAAUUAGAAGGCCCUUAGAUGUUAAGACUACUCUCAUAUAUAUAUACGCCACUGUAUAUUGUUUUGGAUUUACCGGUAUGGAUUAUAUUGCGAUAACACUCGGUAGUGAGCAUAACGGGGAACAUGUUGGCCUGUUGAUUUAUUGAUCACAUGUACCUUGUUCAGCAGUUUACUGGUUGUUAGCUCUGAGAUAGGUUGGCUAGGUUCCCAGCUUAGCUUCCAUACUAACCACUCUGAAUCGUUACAUUCUGGAAUUCGAUCCAGUCGCCUGUGUUGUUCGCAACGUGCCAAAGCUGAACGCGACGAAAACAAAUGUAAUGUAAUUCU